CGGCGGGUUCUCCGAGCUUCGAGGCGGGCGGAGGCCGCGAGUUUCUCCUCCCCCCCCUCUCUUCCGACUAGGCGUUGCUGAGAGAGGAGCCGUGAAGAGAAGACGAAAUGGCGGCGGCUCGGCUGGGCUGAGGCGGCGAGGCCUAAGCGAGGCGGCGGCGACGGGGCGAUUCCACCCCCUCAGCCCUUCCCCCCCAAUCCCCGCUCGGCGCCGCCUCGCCUCUUCUGUGGCGGCCUUAUCAAGUGGAGCAUUGAUGGUUUUCGAGUCUUCUGAAUGGCAUCAGGAAGACCCUUGUGCUUCUGACUUCCCCAGGACAGCUAGUGCUGUAGGGGCUAUGCUGAGUGUCUCUGACUUCCUGCAACCCUCCAGCAAUUCUUCUUUAGGCUUGGGUCGAACCACUGGAAAAAUCCCAGCAACCUCUGUGUCAGAAGUGAAAUCUGGAGCAGAGGAAGGGAAUUUGAAACCUGUGGUCCUAGAAUCUGAAUCUAAUAUGGAAAACGUUUCUUUUGCUUUGGAUGACAAAGGUGAGCAAAGCAAUGAAGAUGAGCAAAAGACAGUUAAGCCCACUAGCAAGGAGUUCAAGAAGACGUGGGGUUUUCGGAGGACCACAAUUGCGAAGCGUGAAGGCUUAGGGGAUGCAGAGAUGGAUGUUGCUGAACAGCAGCCCUCUCCGCAACAGAGCUUGGCUCUUAGACGUAGCGGGCGGCAGCCCAAACGCACCGAGCGAGUAGAAGAAUUUCUUACAACGGUGAGGCGCAGAGGGAGGAAGAACCUUCCUACGGCGCUUGAGGACUUGAGUGAGCCGACAUCUUUUCACGUAACUGAUGUCGAGACAGCUUCUGAAGGUAGCGUAGAAAGCUUGACAGAGAUAAAACCUGCCUCUCAGAAGUGCAGCUCCAAGGACGGCAAGGGCCAGUUGGCUCAGAAAGGCAGGAGCGCAAAAGAGCAGGAGGAAGAGGAGGAGGACGAGGAUGAGGAAGGCACAUCCGACAGCGACAGUGAUGGGUUAACCUUGAAAGAACUGCAGAACCGUCUGAGGAAGAAACGUGUUGAGCAGAAGCCGAAAGAGCUGACUUUAAAAGACUUGCAGAAUCGCUUCAGAGGAAAGCAGCCCCCGCAAAGUGCUGCUGAUGCGGUUGAUGUCCAGGCUGACAGUCAGGUCAAGCUUGAAGCAGCUGUGAAGCAGGAGCCCAAGAAUGCAGAGAACAUUCAGGCCGGCGAUCAAGAAGUUGCUGCUGAGGAAGUUGCGGAAGAGGUUCAGGUGAAGAAGGAGCCUCCUGAACAGUCGAGCGAUGGAGCUGGAGAAUCAGUAAAGAGCAAGUCAGAAUCUGAGGUUUAUGAUCCAAGUACUUUGUACUGUAUCUGUCAGCAGCCUCAUAAUAACAGGUUUAUGAUUUGCUGUGAUAGAUGUGAGGAAUGGUUUCAUGGAAACUGUGUAGGAAUUUCAGAGGCACGUGGGCGACUGUUGGAAAGGAACGGGGAGGACUAUAUCUGCCCAAAUUGCACCAUUCUGCAGGUUCAGGAUGAGCCGGUCACUGAAACACAGAGACAAGAAACUGUGCUGGGGCAGUUAACAGCCGAUGGCACAGAACUCACUAGCAUAGGGACAGUUGAGCAAAAGUCGAGCGAGGACCAAGGCAUCAAGGGUCGGAUUGAAAAGGCUGCAAAUCCAAGUGGGAAGAAAAAACUCAAAAUAUUUCAGCCAGUAGUUGAAGAGCCUGAAGCAGCCAGCUGCAUUGGACCUGGUUGUUCUAAUGUGGCUCAGCCAGGCUCUGUGUACUGUGGACAUGAGUGCAUUAUCAAGCACGCUACAGCCACCAUGAAAUUAAUGAGUGAAAGCAAAGAACAAAAACCAAAGGAGAAGACAAGAGUAAAAGUGGAACGAUCUGUUGUCCCGAAAUCUCAGCCUCCGGCAGGUUCCAAACCUCCCUCCACACAGAAGAGACCAGCUCCUGAGAAAAGAGAGAUGGCAGUGAAGAAAACAGCAGUGGCGGCCCUUAAGACCGAAGGCAAUGCUCAGACAGUUGCUAAAGAGCCAGCCCCAGAAAGCAGCACUCCGUCCUGGGCAAGCGAUCAUAAUUAUAAUGCAGUAAAGCCAGAAAGGACUCCUGCCAUUUCAUCAGCACUGUUGUUCAAAUCACUAAAAGAGGAGCGGAAGAAUGAGGAUAAACCAGUAGAAUCUUCAACAGCUUCAAAGAAAAUUAUUGUUUCCACUUCUUCAGUAGAAAAACAGAUGUCUUCCCAAACUAGAAAUGUGCCUCCAAAGAAGCCCUCUGCAUUUACUAGUACUUUACUAUCUAAACACCCUAUUAAGCAUUCUGCUGCAGGCUUCAAAGGGGUAAUACCAAAGAAGUCCUCAGUGUCAGGUGGUUCACCUGCAGCAAGCACUGUGUCGGCAUCGAAGCCUUCACCUCUGUCCUAUGGUACAUCCUCCAUUCCUAAAAGAACACUUGCAUCUUCUAGCAUGGGUGGAGGAUAUAGAAAGCCCAUGAUGUCACCUGCUUCAUCUUUUAUGAUGUCUGCAGCACAAGCUAAAUCUGCAGCAAGUGUUGGUCAGUCGCAGCCUAAUUCCCAGAUUCGACAAAAUAUACGGCGAUCCCUUAAGGAGAUUCUGUGGAAAAGAGUAAAUGAUAGUGAUGAUCUGGUCAUGACAGAGAAUGAAGUGGGAAAGAUUGCACUGAACAUUGAAAAGGAAAUGUUUAACUUGUUCCAAGCUACAGACACUCGAUAUAAGAGCAAAUAUCGCAGCAUUAUGUUCAAUCUCAAGGAUCCCAAAAAUCAGGGCCUUUUCCAUCGUGUUCUUCGGGAAGACAUUGCUUUGUCAAAGCUAGUGAGAAUGAAACCAGAAGAACUUGCAUCCAAAGAGCUGUCUGUGUGGAAAGAAAAACCAGCCAAAUCAAUAAUGACAUCUAGGCGUAAAUCUAAUGAAAAUAAGAAAUCAACAGUAAAACAAGAGCCCAUCCCAGAUGUUAACAUGGAAGAUUCCCCACCAGUUUCUGACUCUGAUGAGCAGCAGGAGUCAGAUCGUGCAGCCCCUGAGAAAAGCACAGCACCUCUUUUGGAUGUUUUUAGCAGUAUGUUAAAGGACACAACAAGUCAGCAUCGAGCCCACCUUUUUGACUUGAACUGCAAAAUCUGUACAGGUCAGAUUUCAGCAUCAGAUGAUGAACCAACUGUAAAGAAACCAAAAUUUUCAUCUUCAUCUGUUAAGAAGCUGGAACCGAAGCUGGAACCAAAGCCAGAAACAAUAACUAAAUCUGAAACCUUGACGCAAGUAGAGGAUAUGGAUAUUGAAAAAGAAGAAUCGGAUGAUGCUCCAGAACCCAUUACUGGACCGGCUGCUGAAGCAAUGCCUCAGCCAAGCUUUGAAAGAGCUUAUGUCCCGUUAACUCAAACGCAAAAUAGCUUGGAAUCUUCUCUGGCAAGUGAGAGCUCUCUCUAUCCCACCUCUUACGCUGGAGGAGUCAUCACUACUGUAACAGUAUCUGGCAAGGAUCCCAGAACAGCAAUGAGCACUUCGCUAGCCUCAGUUUCUACAGGGACUUCUGUGUCGCAUCCCAUCCCUGCUCCUGAGAAAGUUUCUUUGGGUGAAAGUAAAUCGGAAGUUUCACGGUCAAUUUUGCAGCCUCCAAAAUCAAUAUUAACAAAGCCAUCCUCCUCAGAUCCAAGAUACUUAGCAGUUUCAUCAUCGCUAAACGUUGGUAUUUCAGAGACACGGUCGCCUCAGGAAGGAGACACUUCCCAAUUCCUCUCACGUAUCAGCACCAUUUGGAAAGGCUUUAUCAACAUGCAGAGUGUGGCCAAGUUUGUCACCAAAGCAUACCCUGUUUCUGGGGCCUUUGACUACCUCAGUGAGGAUUUACCAGACACAAUUCACAUUGGAGGAAGGAUUUCACCGAAGACAGUGUGGGAUUACAUUGGCAAACUUAAAUCAUCUGUGUCAAAGGAACUAUGUUUGAUUCGUUUCCAUCCUGCAACAGAAGAGGAGGAGGUUGCCUACAUUUCUCUAUACUCCUAUUUUAGCAGUCGUGGUCGAUUUGGUGUUGUAGCUAAUAACAACAGACAUGUCAAGGACCUCUAUCUGAUUCCUCUCAGUGCUAAGGAUCCUAUUCCACCAAAACUUUUGCCCUUUGAGGGACCAGGUCUUGAAUCAACACGUCCAAACUUAAUUCUUGGAUUGGUGAUUUGUCAGAAAGCUAAGCGUCCUGCGACUGUGUUAGAAUCUGAAAAGAUGGAAGAAAAACGUAACAGAAUUCAACUACAGGAUGAAACAGAAGUAUCUACAUAUCCUAAAGGUGCUUCAUUUUCUCAGCAGGAGAAGAAAUCUCCAAAAUUCUCCCUGUAUUCUGCAGACACUGUUGUCAAUACAACACCACCUGGUUCUCCACCCCCUCCACCCCCACCUCCCUCUUCAGAACAAUCUUCAGUGGUGACACCAUCUGUGCUAAAAAUAUUAUCCUCAAUUAAAACAGGAAACUCAACUCCUGCCACCUCAUCAAAUGUUUCACUGCCAGGAACGAACACAACUACCCCAUCUUCUGCAGCUUCCUCAUCUGCAAAAUCAGCCACACCUCUCGAUCACAUCCUGCAAACACUGUUUGGAAAGAAGAAAUCUUUUGAUUCCAAGGAUUCCGAAACUACUCAGACAUCUAAGACUGAAACUCCAACAGUUAUUGAAGAAGGGUUACCAACCGUUCCCUUACUGGAUCCCAUUGUGCAGCAGUUUGGGCAGAUGUCAAAAGACAAAGCUAUAGAGGAGGAAGAAGAUGACAGACCUUAUGAUCCUGAGGAAGAAUAUGCCCCAGAGAGAGCUUUUGCAAUGCAGAGUGGCGAAAGUGGACUUGAAAAACAACGGGAAGCUUCAGAGCAAGAAGAUGAAGCCUAUGAUCCCGAAGAUGAAACGAUCUUAGAAGAGGCAAAAGUUACUGUUGAAGACUUACCUAAUAAAAUGUAUUUGGAAACUAAAAACAGCUCCUUGGCAACAUCUGCUCCAUUUGUCCCUGAUAUAUCUGCUCCAGCAUCUUUGGUAGAGCAGCAGAAAAUGUUAGAAGAAUUAAACAAACAAAUAGAAGAACAGAAAAGGCAGCUGGAAGAACAAGAAGAAGCUCUUAGACAGCAAAGGGCAGCUGUUGGUGUAUCAUUGGCUUGUUUUUCAGUAUCUGAUGCUUUACUGUCACCUCCUCCUCAUCUUGAUCUACCUGCUCCAAAGCCAGCCAUAGCAAAAACUGAGUUAUUUCAGAAUGAGAAUCAAGCUACUGAAAAAUCUGAAUUGACGACUUCCUUAAGUCAGGGAAAUGAUCCUAGACAAAGUAGAGAUCCCCGACAAGCUCGAAGGACUGUAACUGAGUGUAAUGAAAGCACUGACUCCAGUUUAAAGACACAAAUGAGAGAAUCCUCCACACGUGACAGCAUUCUACCUAGCUAUUCAGGCCCACCACAAACAGUACUUAACAAAGAUGAUAAAAUGCUGAUGUCUGUUACUCAGCCAGGUCAUAAUGAAACAUGGGUAACAAGUGACAAAGGUUCUUCAUUGCCUGAACAAGAUGUACCCACUAUCAAAUAUGAAAAUUCCCCACAAGUUCACCAGGAAACCGUAAAUAAAUCAACCAGUGAAGCACCCAUAACAGCACCUGUCCGUAAAGUGCUGCUACCCACGCCUCCCAGUCCAUGUUUCUUGCCUAGCUUCUCUGCACCUAAUAAUGCCCAGAAUGUAAGCUGGUCGAAUAUGUCUCAGGACAGUAAUUCAGCAGGGGUAGGAAGAGAUUCUUUUCCAGGCACUGUGUUCACACCCCAGGAAAAAGUUCCUGGCCACUUUGAAACAGAAGGAGGGCCCUCUUCUUUGCAAUAUGAAGGCCAAAGAAAUCCUCAUUCUGGCCACUUUUUUGAACAAGUGGAAUCUCCAGCAAUUCAAAGUGAGGAAGAAAGAGGUGCACCCCUAUUUUCUUCCCUUGGGCAAAAAGGUGUUCCUUCUUCAGUAAUGUGUGGUGCUCCUGAUUUCCAUGGACAGAGGGGGCCACCACCACAGUUUACAGAGGGGCAUAAUCCAAAUAACGAUGGACAAAGGGGGCCGCCACCAAAUAGAUUUGGUGCCCCAAGAGCACCUAUUCCUUCAUUAUUUUCUUCACAACAUGGACCACCUCCUCUCUUUAAUGAAAACAGGGGCCCUUCACCAUCAUUUCCUGGAGGCCCAAGAGAAGCAGCACCCUCUCAGUUUGAAGAACAUAGGGCACCCCACAUGGAACACAAGGAAUUUCCAGAUCCCCAGUAUCAUGAGAUGUCUGGACCUCCUAAAAAAUUUGAAAGCCCUGAGCCUCCCCAGUUUAUGGGGAAUAGAGGACCUGCACCUUUUUCUUUUGGGGGUCAAAGAAGGCCUCCUCCAUCUCAAUUUAAGGGUCAAAGAGGAGGUCCACCACCUCAAUUUAGCGGACCAAGAGGUCCACCUCCUAAUCAUUUUGGAGGUUCGAGAGGUCCUCCUCCAAAUCAAUUUGAAGGACAAAGAGGUCCUGCUCCAGGUCACAUGUCAGGACAAAGAGGACUCUUACCAACACCAUUUGAAGAACGGAGAGGGAGUCCGCCACCCAGAUUUCCAAACCAGAGAGGCCCAGGGCCACAUCAGUUUGGACCAAGAGGAGCUGCACCUGGUCCAUUUCCAGAACAAAAUGAGCCUCCCCCAAAUAGACAUAAUUUUCAAGGGCAAAGUCAGCAAGGCAUGAAACCGACCCCAAGGCCACUUUUGGAUCUUCCAAGUCAUCCACCCCAGCACAGGAAAGAAAUGUGGGAUGAAACUGGGCCACCUACCUCUCAUUCUAAUACUUCAGGACAGGGAUCUGACUCAGAAGGACAGUGGCCAGCAUCUGAUUUUCGAGAUGGCCGAAGUAACGAAUAUAGAGCUCAGACUUUUGAAGGGAGGCAGAGAGAGAGAUUUGAGGGGGGUAAUAAGGAGAAAAUAUUAGAGCAGCCUGAUGUCCAACAAUCUGAUAAUCGACCAAACAGAGGAACCGAUGAUAGACGGCGAGACCGUGAUCAUAAUCGACCUUGGGAAAGAGACCGUGGGAGAAACUGGAAUAGAGGCAGGGAAAGGGAUUGGGAGAGACAUAGAGAAAAAGACUGGGAUAAAAACAGAGAUAGAAACUAUAACAAAGACAGAGAAAGAGAGUCAGAGCGAGGUAAAGACUGGGAACGAAACCGAGAGAGACCCAGAACCAGAGAAGGAGAUGCAUACCGAAGAAGAGACAGAUCAAGAAGCAGGGAUCGGGAUUAUGAUAGAUACAGGGACAGAGAACAAGCUCGAAGCAGAGAAAAAGAUCGAGAAAGGGACAGGGACCGUGACAAGGAAAGAACCAGAGAUCGCAAGGAUCGCAGUAAAAGUAAAGAAUGUGACAAAGACUCAAAGCCAGAAAUACAAACAGGUGGCCAAAGGCCAUCACAUUCAGAAACUGUUUCUUCUUCCAGUAAGACAUAGAAAGGGAAUGACCACUUAAUAAUGAGUGACUCAGAAAAAAGGCAACUGUAAGACGUGACUGUAGACUCUUUGUAAAUAUUGUAUAUUCUGUAAGACAAAUACUUUGGUAAAGCCUGUUCCACACACAUCCUCCCCCACCAUUUUUGAACAACUGUAAAAUACAGCAGAUAUUCAGACAUUAGGCAGGUACUUGCUGGGCUAGCUACACCAUAAUGUUUUGUUUGGUUGGUUUUUUACAAAAUACAAUUGACAAAAUCCUUUUCUGUUGGUUUAAUGCUAGUCUUUUGAGGGAUUCCUGUAGGGCUUAACUGGAGCCCUGGCUUCCCUGUUUAGCCCGCAUGUACAAAUGUGCAUGCAGGCAGUCAAGACUUCUCAUUGUUUCUCAAGGAAAACCCAAGUAUCUCUUGAGUCUUAUGGAGAUACCUCCAUGUGCAUAUUCUGUGUUCAUGCAGGGAAGGAUUAUGCCUGUAGCAUUAUACUUGUGAAAUGUUUCUUUUUCCUACUUCCUUUAUCUUAAAAUUUCCAUUUACAGAUAAUAAAAAUGGAAAUGUCUUCAGAGAGCACAUUGCUUUUUAAAGAUAUAAAGUUAUGUUUUCUAAUAACUUGAACUGUAAUUUUAUGAGAAUUUAAGCAAGAUCUUAGAAGCCAUAAUCUUUACAUCUUCAAUAUGUAGUAUUUUUUGUUUGUUUCAAAUUGCUCCUACAUAGAAGAAAACCAGUAUUUCUGUCCCGGGUGUAUCAAAUUAUGGAUGGAUUUUUUGUAUUUAUGAAGCUAUUGUAGAGGAGCGGUGUUAUUUCUCAUUUGUAACUGUCAGAAUAUUUGGAUAGGAAAUGUUAAGCUUCUAAGUUCAGUUUCUUCCUUUUUAUAUGUGGGCCUUUUGACUUACAAACCAUUUAGAGUUCAGAUGAGGAUGAAUAUUUCUAAAUAAAUACUUUUCUUGUGAGUAAGAGAUUUUAAAUGUUGCAUUUUUACAAAAAGAUAAAUAAAAAUGAAUAAAACGUAUAUAUAAUGUAACUAAGGCUUUUGAAACAUACCUGUUAGAAAAUGCUUUAUAAAUUAUUGAACUUUCUGAAUGAAAGAGGGAGGUAGUUUGUCAGUUAUAAUACUUCUGUAGAUGUGGAACGGAAUGUUAUACUUCAGAAUUUAAGCAAUUUGGCUUUCCUUGUAAAUUUCAGUCAUUAGGGAUUAAUGAAGAUUAAGAAAAUUCUUAGUCCUAAAUAAAAAUAUCAGUGCACAUUCCAGUCAAAGAUAAGCACUUUUAAGUCCCAUUGGUUUAAGCAGAAGUGAGAUUUAAGCAUGUGUUUAAAAAUCCUGUUGGCAUUAAUAUAAUCUAAAUGUGCUUAACUUUUGAAUUUGCCCUGGGUUAUGUUCUUGUUAAAAAAGAGUCACAUUUAUUUUGAUGAGUAAUUAGUUAUUAUUCAAGCAAAGUUUGGAGUGGUAAAGCCACUGCUGAUGAGUUCAUUACUUUAAAAGGCACAGCUUUUUCACAUGAAACACAGUAUGCUAUUUUCUUGUAUUCACGUUCAUAAUUCUAAACUGUACAUAGAAAAAAAAAUCACCAGUUAAACUGGGUUUGUACAUUUACAUUUGGGCAGUUACUUUGAUAUUUUUAUUUUAAAAAUUCAAAUGUAAAAUAAGAUUCUUAACUUUUGCAUUUUGAAGCCUGCAUUACAAUUGGCACUACUCCAUAAAUAAAUCACUAUGGAUUUACACUUCACAUUGGUACAUCUUAGUCUUUUAACAUCAAUGGCCCAUAUGCAAAAACUUUUGCAGAAUGUUAGACGAUAGUGACCACAAAUAUCUACAAUGAUUAACUUUUAUUCAAGGUGUUUCUAACAGGAGACAUACAUUUCAGUAUGCAAAAUCAAGUGUUGGGUUAGGUUUACUUGACAGGAUUCUGUAAAUUGUAUUUUAUAUUUCAGAAUAUUAACUGUACAUUAAAUGUGGGACUUCACAGAGUUUUUUGUUACUGUAUAUCAAAUAAAAAUCUAAGAAAGUC